UCACGUGACGUCGCCAUUUUGUGUUUACGAUAGCAAGUUCCAUGUUUCGAUAAAGAUACAAAAUCUUGUAUUUAAAAACCCGAAGGCCCAUUAGAGCCAUUUCCCAAAUAAAGAGAGACAUAUGCUUUUAAACAAAAUGUGGAAGAUACGAGAACUCACAGAUAAAGUCACAAAUGUUGUGAUGAACUACUCUGAAGUUGAGACCAAAGUUAGAGAAGCCACAAAUGAUGAUGCCUGGGGUCCUCAUGGCUCACUGAUGAAUGAAAUAGCCAGAUUCACAUUUACAUAUGAACAUUUUCCUGAAGUGGUGGGAAUGUUAUGGAAAAGAAUGUUACAAGAUAACAAAAAGAACUGGAGAAGGACAUAUAAAUCUUUGUUGUUGUUAAAUUACUUGAUAAGAAAUGGAUCUGAAAGAGUAGUAACUAGUUCACGAGAACAUUUAUAUGAUCUGAGAGGAUUGGAAAACUACACAUUUACAGAUGAACAUGGCAAAGAUCAAGGCAUUAAUGUGAGACAAAAAGUAAAAGAUCUGAUAGAUUUCAUCCAGGAUGAUGAAAGAUUGAGAGAAGAGAGACGAAAAGCAAAGAAAAAUAAAGAUAAAUUUGUUGGAUUGUCUGGUGAAAGUAGUGGAGACUUUAGAUAUAGUGACAGAUAUGAAGAAAAACCAAAAAAGAAAGAUCAAGAUGGUAGUAUGGAUGAAAUAGAUGACUUUGAUACAGGUCGUAAGAGUAUAACAGAGGAAGCCGUAGAUAAAGUCAAAGGCCUGUGGAAUAAAGUUCAAGGACGACAUGGUCCAGAUGAUAUUGUAGAUUAUAGUGCAAGCAGGUCACAAGAUAGUAAAAACAGCCAACCUGAUUUUAGUUGGUGUUCAAAUAUAGUUUACCAGCCUGCAGGGGAAGAUGUCAAGGCUGAUGACAUGGACAAUAAAUAUGAUGAUGGUAACAAAUCCGAUAGAUUAGACUUCAAAGACGAGGAGGAGUACACAUCUAUAGAGAGAUCACACACCACACAUACAGAAAAAAUUAUACGACGAUCACAAUCGGCUAAAAAAUUAGAUCUAGGAGCUGCAGCUUCAUAUGGGAAAAAUAAAAAUCCUGACACAAUUUCACAGUCCAGUAGUAAUGCACCAGAUUUAAUAUCAGGAUUUGAUGAAUUUAAAAGUGCCAAUGAUUUUGACCCAAGAGCCACAAAUACAACAGCAGUUUCUUCAACAUCAAAUGGUUUUGCUGAUUUCUCACAGUUUCAAGGGGCCACAUCACCUAAAAGUUCUGAAGGUUUUGCUGAUUUCCAACAGUUUAGCGCUGCAUCAUCUGGUCCAACCCAAGCAGCACCAAAUUCUGAGUUGUUUGAUGUAUUCUCUAGUAGUGGCACAUCAUCACCUGCUAUGCAACCGUCCAAUAAUCCCAUCCAACCAAUGAACAAUAUGGCCCCUAUGAUGUCUAUGUCAUCUCAGCCAAUGAUGUCAUCCCAGCCUAUGAUGUCAUCUCAGCCAAUGGGAAUGAUGAAUCAGCCAGGUAUGGGACAGAUGUCUCAACCAAUGGGAAUGAACCAGCCAACCAUGUCAACACAGGCACCAAUGGGAAACAUGAACCAGCCAAUGACAAACAUGGGUCAACAACCAAUGAACAAUCCAAACAUGAUGGGAAUGAUGAGUCCAGGUAUGAUGGGCAUGAACCAAAUGGGAAUGAACCAACAGGGAAUGUUUCCACAGCAAGGCAUGAUGGGACAGAAUGUUGGUAUGAGUUAUACCCCUUUGCAACCAGGACAAUCUAAUAUGAAGAAGCCUGAUGAGCCAGUUAAGCAGACGACAGUUUCUAAGGAAGAAACUGUAACUAGCACUGAGGUCAAGAAGAAUUUGAAUACUUGGUCUGGUGAAGGUAGUAAAGUGAAUAUUGACUUAGAUGCUCUCAGUCCUGCUAGUAAAUAUCAAAAUAAACAACAUCAACCGUCAAUGAACCAAUUACAGACUGGGCAACCUCAAGCUGGUAUGGGCAUGGCAGGAAAUCAAGGCAUGAUGGGUAAUCAAGGAAUGGUAGGAAAUCAAGGCAUGGUAGGAAUUAAUCAAGGAAUGGCUGGUAUGUCUAUGAACCAACAGCCACAAGGAAAUAUGAUGGGGCAACCAAGACCUAUGAUGACUGGAAAUAUGGGUAUGAUGCCUAACAUGGGAAUGAUGGGUAAUAUGUCAACAACAACGAUGGGAAGUAUGAACAUGACGGCUAAUGUGUCGGCAAACGCUGCAUUCCAACAGAAGACAGAUCAAGCUUUCAGUGCAUUCGGAAGCUUUAAAUAAACUGUUAAACCUGAAUCCUAUCAGAACUGUUAUAUCUAACUGUUUUCAGUGACCUACGCUCAGGUGUCAAUCAAACUGGUUCUUUUAUCUCAUUAGACUGGUUCCAACAUUAUGAUUUUUAAUUGUCCAUGAAAAUUUCAUUGUCCAUCUACUAAUUGAUUUUGUAAACUUCUGAAUAUUGUUAGUGACAAUUUGGGCAUUAUAAAUCAUUAUAUAACAUUUCAAGAUUGUAACUUGGUUGUUGUCACAUAAUUUGUAAUUUUUAAAGUUGAAACUGGCUGAAUUGUUUUCUGUUAUGAUCAGCUAAUUUCUGCUACUGUGGAAUUAUAAUAAUUUGUUGGGUACCAGUAUUUGGGGAAUUAAUUGGCUCUGGUAAAUAACAAAAUUUAACUUUUCAGCAAAGUAUUAAUAUUUUUGAGUUUUUUAACUAAAAUUGGCAAAAGCAGUGAAAUCUGAUAUAAAAAAAACAACAUUUUUUCUACAAUCCACUUAAAUUGGUAUCCAUGGAAACAAAUUAAUCCACAGCGUCUUUUUGUGUUAUUAAGUUUAGUUUUUAAAUGUUGAAUAUAAAAAAGAAUAUGUGAAAGACCAGGAUAAUGGAUAAUAAUCAAACACCCUUCAAGAAGCUUUAACCUUCAAUAAAUGUACCAAAAUUUUCUGCUUCAAACAUAUUAUGCAAAUUUGAUUUUAGUUCUUAAAAACUACGUUUCCUGCAUUCCUUCCCUUUGAUUAACAUAAAAACUUGUCAUGAAAUCUGAAGAUGCAGAAGCAAAUUCGUGAAGCAGAUCUUAAAGUCAAUUAAAUUUAUGUCAUCGCUAAUCAUUAUUUUGUAUUAUCGUGAUUUUAAAUCUGUUAACUCUAUGGUUUCAUGCCUCAUUAUGAAUUUUAAUGAAUUUUAUUUUGACUAAAAUGAAAUGAAAUUAAUUUUUUUUUCAGCUAUGUAGUAAUUUUGAUUAUGUAAUAUUCCUAUAUCUUUGAUUUAAUUACUUUUUCACAUGUAAUGAGAUUGUAAUGUUAGAAAUUAUUGUUAAACCAACAUGUGAAAUUUCUGAAAAAUGAUUUAAAUAUUCAUUUAAGGAAAAUCAUUGGUUAAGAAAUGAAGAUUUCUCAUUUUAUUUUUUUUAGAAAUAAUACUUGCAAGAGUUUUGGUUUAGCUGUACAUUUAAAAAAAUUAUGCUUUUCUUUUCAAGUGCUAUAUUUAUUGUUGAUUUCAGGCUUUAGUUUGGGUUCUUCAGAAGUUAGAGAUGUAUUCAUAUAAUGCCUUUUAUGUAGAAAUACUGAAUUUGCUUUUAGGAAAUUUUUAACCUGUGAAAAUGGUUUCUUUUGCUCCUUUCUGUUAACUAGAUAUCUUGUUUCUUUAUAGAAUUAGAAAAUAUUAGCUGUAGGGACCUCAGAAAUGAAAUUUUGUAGAAUUUUUAUUUUUCAUUAGGCAAUAUAAUAAUUAAUCGAUUGGACUGAUGACUUUUAUCAUUUUACUUUCUAGGUACUGAUUACAGCAGAUUUUGGUGUUAGGCUUGUAAAACAACAGACCUUACAUUCCUUCAUUAAAUCGCAAACAACUUUUAACAGAAUUUCGAAUCAAUAUUUUCAAUCAAUUUGUUGUUCAAUUGCCUAAAAUUCAAAAAUGUUCAUAAGAAAACACAUCAAAUGGGCAUAAUAGAAAUUCAUCUAUAUUUAUUCACAUCACUUCUGGAAACAGAAACAAAUUUUACAUAAGUACAUUGGCAUUGUCUUUUAUAACUUGUAUCAUGUGUAUUUUAAUUUAAAAUAACACAACUUAGAAAAACCAACUGCAUCUUUGAAAAUUCUUGUCAUUGAGGAAUUUGUUUUUAGUAUAAAUUCUAUAGUUUUCACAGUUCCAUUAUUAUUAUACUACUUAAGAUUUACUGUGAUAAAUGAAUUUAUUUGGGAAUUUGAAAAGGCUGUAGCACUGACAGUGUGUAGGAAACAAUGGCAUAGACAUUUCUGUCACAAAAAUAGGUGAAAAUAUGGGAAAUUUUUACAUGUGAAGUUACACUUAUUUUGUGUAGAGUGGGGUGCUCAUUUUCGCCGGGGACACAAUUUCGCCGUUUUAGGAUUUUGAGGUGUAAAAACCUUCAAAGGAUGGCUAAAAUGAAAAAAAUGUACUGGUAAAUUAUAUUUUUAUAACAAAUAUGAUAUUUUUUUAAACUGAAACAAAUUGCAGCUCCUACCGAAAAUGACCGAAAAAACGGACAACGAUUUUCGAACAAUUUCCUGAAUAAAAAAAAUGAUUUCAAAGAAGUAUUUCUAAGUAAAUAUUUGACUGAAUGCUCUAAUUUUGAAUUCUUUACACCCUUGAAAAGUCUGCUAUUCAUCUAUAAUGCAAUUGAUUUGAAAAAAAUUGUUAAAAGCUGCGGUUAUUUGGUUUUAAAAAGAUGUGUAAAAACGGCGAAUAUGUGUCCCCCAUUGACAAAAUAUCCGGAAAUUUCAAGAACCCUUUAAUCUAACUUUUCAGAUGAUUUUUUUCAAACAAACACGUUUUCAAGCUUAAGAAUAUUUUGCAUUUGAAGUUAUCUUCAUAUAAAAAUAUCAGUUUACUUCAAAAACAUUUAGACCUGACCAUAAACUGUAGAAAACAUGGAACGAUGUGGCGAAAAUGGGCACCCUACUCUACACCUUGUUAAGAAUUUCUCAGCAUUUUAGCCUAACUAUGUUUGGUGGAGGAUAACUCAUAGUGAAUUCAGUGUUUGGUUGAAUAAGUGCUGUUUAUGUAUAGAAUAAAUUAUUUUUGAAAUUUUAAGUUUAUUUAAAUUAUAUUUGGUGCAUGUAUUUAAUGUUGGCGGAUGUAAAAAUAAAUUGAACAAACUUUUCUGUGAAAGGUUUAAUAAAAAGAACCUGACGUUAUCUGUUUUCAGACGGCUUUGUAUAUCAGUAUUCAAUUACAAAUGUGAAGUAAGCUGUUAUUGAGGUUUAUUACUACACUGGUUGUAAAAAAAAAUACAUUCCAAUAUAAAGGGAAACAAUCCAUUCAUUAUCUGUGUAUCAUUUUUAAUGUUUCUUAGUAAAAAUAGAAGUUAGCCAUCAAUAUUUUCUCAUCUAGAAGAAAGAAUAUAAUGUUUGAUUAUGAAUUUAAAAGAUUAAUGUUAUCUGAAUCUUUCAAAACUGCAUAUAUUCUUGAUAUCCCUAUUUUUUAUUGAUGUAAAUGUUUCCCUUGCUGAUAAUUCUUAUAUAUCCUGCAGUAUCAAUGUUUUCGUCCUUUUCAAACAGGUAUGAUUUCUAAUGAAUUUCAUCUAAUUUAGCUUAUAUUUGUAUUCAGCAGAUUUUGAGAUAAUUGAACAUUUUCCGUUUCAUUUGAUAUUUCCUCCGUUAAAAUUUAAGCUAUCAAGGGAUCUCUGAUUAUUAAAAGCUUUUUUUUGUUAUUCUUUUGUUUUCUUGCUAAGAAGUUAUAAUAUAUUAUAGGAAACAUUAUUUGUUAUUUUUAUGAAGAAAAUUGAAAUUAUAUAUAUAGAGAAUUUGUUUUUGUUUUAUUUAAUUUUUAACACCUUCAUAAAGUAUGGCUUUGUUCUGCAGUAUUCUGAACAAAGAAAUAAAUUAAAAAAUUAUUAGCGUGUGACACUAAUCAGUAGAUAUAUAUAUAUUUAAAAUGAGGUUUUUUUUCUUGAAUAUUCUCUUACUGAUAUGAAUACAUGUACAAGGUUUGCUCUACUCAGCUAUUAUUCAGUUUGUAAGAAUUUUAUUUUUAGUGUGCUUGGUUAAAGACACCAACAAAAUCUUAAAGGAGUAAUAUAUUCUUGUAAAACAUCAUAUUAAAUCUGUGAUUAUGUGUAGUUGUUAUAUUUUGUAUAUAUCUGUUUAAAUGGAAUUGUUGUGUAAAAGGUAAAUGAGUGAAUGAUCAACGAAAAAACAAAUAAAAGUUGAGUAUUGUA